AUGACCAAGGGACCAGUCAAUGAGCCGGCCGUACGGCAUGGUUUGACCAAAAAACAACCUAACAACAUAUCGUAUUCACAUGAUGAGGUUGUGUCUAAACGCGCUGCGAAAGCAAGAACACCGCCAGCUAACGAUGUGACUGCUGAAGGUUACACAAAUGGUCAAAAAACAGCAACAUCGGAUAUCGCCAAAAGCUCUAUAUCGCAAGAACAAACAGAUACGGUGGCUAAGAUGGCCAGGAAAACAGCUGCAGUAACAAGAAAUAAUGCAAAAAAAAACACAGACCAAGGAACAACCAGUUCAAGACCAGAUUCAAAAUUAUUUGUGAAUGCAAGUGAUAAUCUAAUCAAAAAGUUAGCGGAAUACAGGGCAGCAUUUAUCAAAUGCCUGGCUAGAGUCUACGACGGCGAUCUCAACCCUGCAGCAGCAAUGACAGUACUAUCACUGCCAUUGAAAGAACUUGCAUCUGCCUUAAUACGCGAUAGAGGGACAACAAAAGUAUCGGCACCAACACAAAAUGCAUGUUUCUCGGAAUAUAUAUACAAUGACACAAUGCUGGCUCUCUGCUUCAUGGGGAAAGCCAAAGCGCUAAAUGCCACAGAAGCAGGUAUGGAAUCUUUGACUGAGUUCAUAUAUUGCCAUGCAAUGAGAGCCGACUAUCUUAUGGAGAAUAGUAGCAAUUUCAAGGCAAUAGAAUUAAUGGGAACAAAAAGAGUAGUACCCAAAAAACCGCAGAUACUAUUCAAGGUCUGGGAAACUUUGCUAGGCAUCUCACCUGCGAAGGAACGUAAGCUACGUCUCGCAUUCACCACAAUCACACAACUUGUCAUGAUGCACGCUCUCAAGGAUGACAUACAUAUUCCCGAAACUAUAAGGGACAAACACACAGACACCUUCAUCGCAUUACUUGCAGAUCCAAACAAGGAAUUGCGAUAUCGUUGUAUGCAACUUUUAGAGCACUUUCAGGAUGAACGGGUCAAAAAGGAGAUCGAACGACACCUUGGUGAUCACGCAGCCGCAGUGAGACUCGUAGCAGUCAGCUCUACAAAAGUACCGGAUGAUAUUGAAGCCCUAGUCCCGGUGCUUAACAAACUCAUAGCAAGACUUGGAGAUGUAUCUAGGGAGGUGCGGGCAGGCGUAUACAAGAAACUGGGAACCGUGUAUUCCGCAAUGCCGGUAGAAAUUUGCACUCAUAUCAUGUGUUAUGGUCUUGAAGAAGAAGCGCAAAAUGUAAAAAACGCAUUUCUACAAAUGCUACAAAAUUGGAUGGAUGAAUCCGGAGGACUACUUAAGUAUAUUGCAGAUAUGAUAUCGCAAACGGAUGAUAUCACAGUUUUAGAGGGGGCAAUCUCGUUUUACAUGAAAAAUACAGAUUUUCUAUGCAAGUUCUCCCUCAAACCUGGUAGCACUGAUGGUAAUAUGAAGGAAAAGGACGAAAGUGGAACCGAUACUACCAACAACAUUAAGGCAUAUAUGAAACGAUUUUUAACACUAACGCCUGCAGAGUUGGUACUUGUCAGCAUUUUCUACCAGAACCAUGCCCUGCCAGAUGAGGUCAAACUCAUCAACAUUAUAGACGUCAUAUCAUAUGCCCAUUUCCUACUCACGAGGUUUUGUGAGAUGCCCAUUGAACAGGAACAGGUACCUCAAAGAGCCAUAACUGCCACCGCAGACGAUGAUAUGCAAUUCGUAGAUGCAAUGGAAACCAAUGAAGCGGAAGUGAUCCACAAAUACACUCCAGAGGAGGAAUCAAAAAUGAAAGCCAACUACCAAAAUAUGUGUUUGGUCUCACACGCGCUAAGGGCACUCCUAGUUAUCAUGCACGGUCACAACAUCGAAGACAAUUAUCAAGUUGCACUUGUGGAGACAAUGUGCGAUAAUAUCUUGAUGCACGGACCAGUAAGAAACAAUGUCAAAGGUCUCAUGACAGAUAUAGUCACACAAACUUCGCUAGGAAAUAACGCUUAUUACCACGCGCUACCAAGCAGGUGGCUCAAGGCAGGGUUCAUAUUCGCAGCGGCAAGCUUGUUAAGAUACGUGUACGCUCGCAAGUUUAGGCUAGAAGGAAAGUUUAUAGGAGAUGAUCCUCAGAUGGAAAAACGACACUUUGAAGUUUCAAUGACACGGAAGGUACUCGCUAUCAUCUCAGACGUCAAGGACCCAUUCCAAACUUCAGGUAUAUCCAACGUGAGCAUACGCAGAGAGGAACUCGAACGCAUGGAACUAAACAAAAUCAAGAUGUUUGAUCCAACAAGCUAUUCUAUAGAACACCUCAACCUUAUCAACGCGAAACUUAGCGAACAGAUGGAACAGACCUGGACUCAACAAGCAGAAUUGGAAAAUGUAAAGAGCGCUAGCAAAGACAGUAAACAUGAGCAGGAGGUACUGCAUAACCAAGAACAGGCAUUGGCCCUGUUAAUGGAGAAACAAGAAGCAUUUGCAUCAGUCAUCAGGCGUCACCUGAAGGAGCGUUGGACACGCAUAAUGGCAAUCGUAGAGGCAUUCCUAGGACAGACACAAAGCCUAUGUAGCGAAGAUGCGGGGCUUGCAGAGUUCCCAAGAGCUAUUUUACUCCCACAAAUGGCAUUCUUCUGCUCGACGGUAGUGCGGUGGCAUGACCAGAGUGUUACCGACCAGUACUGUGACGUGUUGACCAGUAAGUGUCUAGGUACAUGGUGUAUGCUCAAUAAUGGUAAAAUGGAGCUAUGGAGACAACUGAAUGCUUUCCACGUCGCCCUGAAGGGUGCUCUAGUGAUUCUUGAGGGAUUUCUUAACCAAGCCAACGACGCUUCCGCUGGACUAACUGACGCCUUGAGGAAGCGCAUAGAGAUGCAAACUCUACGUUGCGAAAUGUAUAUGACCACACUGACGGACCUACUGGUCACCAAUGUAGAGUUACAGCAGAUGGUAUCCGAAGACGAGAUUGGGAACCACGAACUAAUUGAUGAACUUAAGGAGACCCUAUGGGGAAUAGUUUUCUGCACCGUCAAGAGCUCCAAAUACGUCCAGUCAAUCGCACUGCGUUUAGGUUGCAAACUAUUGCUCACUGAGUUCAUGAUGAACAAACGGGACGGCGUGGACAUGCAACCUCCGGAGGAAAUACGGCGUUGCGAUGAAUUGGCGGUUGUGCGACUGCGAGGAUUGCUUGAACUAGUGUUCGUACCUCCAGCAGCUGAACGCCAUUUGCUGGCACAAUUCAAAUUUCUCAAGUCUAAUCGACAUAUACCCAUAACAGCCGAGGACAAGAACGCAAUCGUGAGCACGUGUGCUAUAUAUCCUACGCUAUCGUUCCGCCACUUACGUAACUUUCACAAGGUUCUGGAACAGGUGCUUAUGCGCUCAAUACACCACGCGCUGCAACUAGACCUUCGUAUGACGGGAUUCGCACAUCUAAUCUCAUUCGUCGUUCAAACCAUACUACACAGGUCGCCACUGUAUUUCUCAAUGGAAAGCUUUGCGAAAUACUUUAAGUGGCUCCUACUAAUAACUAUCGACAAGGGAGCAGCAUUAGCCGACCGCGGAGGGUUCAUGUCUCUCAUUACUGCUGUGAUAACUAUGUUCAUCAAGCACAAUGUUACUGGAUUGAUUGAUAAAUUCGGGCAAUCGGAGGCCUACGGAAUGACGGAUGACGAGCCGAGAUCUAUGAGUGACCUUUGCGCUAUGGCUAACCCGCAACUUGCGUUGCUCGAUUUGAGAGACAUGCGAGUGCUGCUCAAUUUUAUGACACAAGGUGGAUUUGUUAGAGCCAAGGCCAACGUCAAGUUACUAGAGAACCUAACUCAGCUGGUUUCAGCUCAGAUGCUAAAGAUCGCCAGAACGCACGCAGUAGCGCUUGCUAACACUAAGGGCACUGUCUAUGUCGAGGCCGGCAACCCACUCAAAAUCGUAUUCGCCACAGAGGACAGUGCUGCGUUCAGUGAUCUAGUAGACGCAUAUGAUGCGUACAUAGCUAGCCUGGGCUCUAGGGAGCUCUCCGCAAUGCUUGUGGAGCUCGAUGAGGAACCCCCGAUGGAAGAAAAGGUGCCGAUUGCCAAUAGAAGGACGACGCGAACCACGAGGGUCACCAAAUCGUCCCAGAAAGAGGCAAAUCAGGACGAUGUUUCAGAUGGUUCUGACGAAGAUAUGUACGACGAUGAGUAUGUCUUGGAGUGA